CAAACACACUGUUGACCAAAUACGGUUUCGGCUGUGUGCGCGAGCCGCUGCUGUCCGGGCGCGUGCCAGUAAACAGCGCUUAGCUCCAUAAAAAGAUCGCUGUCCUCUGCAGCCAUGCCUUCAGAGCUUGCUAAGAAGAAAGCUGCAAAGAAAAAGGAGGCUGCCAAAGCUCGACAGCGUGUGAAGAAGCAUGAAGAGGUGAAUGAUGAAGAAGAGCAAACAGAUGGCCAAGUUAAUGGCGCUGUAACUGAUGAAGAUGCAAAUGGAGAUGUUGCUGCUUUGGCUAAAGAGCUGGAUGAGUUUGAGCUGCGCAAGAUGGAGGCACGGGCAGUGACAGGAGUUUUGGCUUCGCACCCCAACAGCACUGAUGUACAUAUAAGCAGUCUUUCAUUGACCUUCCAUGGCCAAGAGUUACUGAGUGACACCAGCCUUGAGCUCAACUCUGGCCGACGUUAUGGUCUCAUUGGUCUCAAUGGCACAGGUAAGUCAAUGCUCCUGUCUGCCAUUGGGCACAGAGAAGUUCCCAUCCCAGAACACAUAGACAUCUACCACCUGACACGUGAGAUGACCCCCAGUGAGAAGACAGCACUGCAAUGUGUCAUGGAGGUUGAUGAAGAGAGGAUAAAACUGGAGAAAGAAGCUGAGAGAUUGGCUCAUGAGGACUCAGAGUGUGAGAAGCUGAUGGAGAUUUAUGAACGUUUGGAGGAGUUGGACGCAGACAAAGCUGAAGUUAGAGCUUCACGAAUCCUCUAUGGCUUGGGUUUUACCCCUGCCAUGCAGCAGAAAAAGCUUAAAGAUUUCAGUGGAGGCUGGAGGAUGCGUGUGUCCCUUGCCAGGGCCUUGUUCAUAAAACCCUUCAUGCUGCUGUUAGACGAACCUACUAACCACCUGGAUCUAGAUGCCUGUGUGUGGCUGGAAGAGGAACUUAAGUCCUUCAAGCGUAUCCUUGUGCUCAUCUCACAUUCUCAAGACUUCCUCAAUGGUGUGUGCACUAACAUCAUUCAUCUUCAUCAGAGGAAGCUCAAAUACUACACUGGCAACUAUGAUCAAUAUGUGAAGACCAGAGAGGAGCUGGAGGAAAACCAGAUGAAGCGGUACAACUGGGAGCAGGAUCAAAUAGCUCACAUGAAGAAUUAUAUCGCCCGUUUUGGUCAUGGCUCGGCAAAGCUAGCUCGCCAGGCUCAGAGCAAAGAAAAAACCCUACAGAAAAUGGUAGCCUCUGGCCUUACAGCCCGGGUGGUAAAUGACAAGACCUUGUCCUUUUAUUUUCCUCCUUGUGGCAACAUCCCCCCUCCUGUCAUCAUGGUGCAAAAUGUCAGCUUCAGAUACUCCACUGACACUCAUUUAAUUUAUAAAAACUUGGAGUUUGGAAUUGAUUUGGACACACGAGUGGCACUUGUGGGUCCCAAUGGAGCAGGGAAGUCCACACUUCUCAAGCUACUGAUGGGAGAGCUUCUUCCCACAGACGGAAUGAUAAGAAAGCACUCACAUGUUAAAAUCGGCAGGUAUCACCAGCAUUUGACUGAGCAACUAGAGCUGGAUCUAUCUCCUCUGGAGUACAUGAUGAAGUGUUUUCCGGAGAUCAAAGAGAAAGAGGAGAUGAGGAAAAUCAUUGGACGUUAUGGCCUGACGGGCAAGCAGCAGGUCAGUCCCAUCAGGAACUUGUCAGAUGGACAGAAGUGUCGGGUGUGUUUCGCCUGGCUUGCGUGGCAAAAUCCCCACAUGCUGUUUCUGGAUGAGCCGACUAAUCACUUGGACAUUGAGACAAUUGAUGCUCUGGCUGAGGCCAUCAAUGAGUUUGAAGGUGGAAUGAUGUUGGUUAGCCAUGACUUCAGACUCAUUCAGCAAGUCGCUCGGGAAAUUUGGGUGUGUGAGAAGCAGACCAUCACCAAAUGGAAUGGGGACAUUUUGGGUUACAAGGAGCACUUAAAAUCAAAAAUUGAUAAACAGACUCAUGAUAUUUAAAAAACUAUGAACUGCAAAGACAGACUGUUAAGUUUCAUAUCACGGAUUGAAUUUUUGAAUUGGACAAUGAAUCCCAGAUUCUCAACUGCUGUUGGGGAUUGCAUUCCAUUGUACUAUCAAGUAGGAUUAUCGGCACUUCUAUCAAGAAAAAAAGAAGAGUUUGGUUCCAAAACGCGAUAAAUGCCAAACAGUUACCACCAAAAUCUAAUAUCCACCGUGUUAUUUUGUCAUCUUUUCUCCCUUUUUUCCCAAACCGUGACAAAUGCCACUCUUCCUUCUCUGCAGAAUGCAAUAAAUCUGCUAAACAAAUCACAGCGCAGCAUUCCACGCACUGUAAACAAUACACAAUCCUGGUUUUCCUUAUCUACUUUGUACUUCGUGAUCAACAAACAAACAAAAACAAAAUAAUACUUUUCAUGGCAUGUGGUGGUUUUCUGUGGCAGGGAAGAAACUUAAGCCAUCAAAAUCUAAUAAUUUAUGGCUGGCUAUUGUAUGUUCUCACACGACCGCAUCAAGCUUCUCUAAUGCUAACACAGGGGAAUCUUAUGAAAAACGUACCAUUAUUUUAUGCAAAGUCAAAUAAAAUAAAAAAUAAUCAGUUUUUUAAUAAAUCUUUGAAAAUCAAAUUAUGGAUUUGAAUUUUUCAUGUUAUUAUAACCUAAAGAUGCUAUGUGAAAGUUUGUAACAGAAAAUAGUGGUUUUCAUCUCGUCACUUUCUUGGUAUAGAAAACACAUUUUUGCACAAAUUAGUCAAAAUGGAUUUACUGCGUUUUGGAACCAAAUACAGAAUUCUUAAUGCAGCUCUCAGAUGCAGAUUUCCAAGCAUCAGCAUGUCUGUAUUUACUAUUGAAAAGGCAAUAAUGGUGUAUUUGGAAUAAAUAGAUUCAUUCAA